AGUUGGAUAGCCGUGUUAGGCAGAGGAGUCUUUAACCCUAUGUAAACAUGCAAGUCAAAUAGGAUUUUUUUUCCUGUGCCAAAUGUAUGUAUCUUGUAGUUGUACAGACGGAAACAGCGAAGUUGAGUAGCCGCAAGUAGUGUUAAUUACUGACACUUGGCGAUGUCAUUUCAAGAUCGUAUUGUCGUGGAUUCCUUGUAUUGUUGAUCUGCUUAUACACCUGUCCAAACCGCUAGUAUUUGUGGCAGGUGGUACUUUAGAAGUUCGACAAUUGACUCGAUACUUCCGGCGAAAGCUAUUUGGAACUUUCCCACUUGUGCUUUGGACCACACGAUACGUACGAGGAUGGCGAUUUGGAUUAUAUUGUGGUUCUUUAUGCUUUUUGUAGCGGUUCCUUCAGUACGUGCUCAAUCUUGUAUGACCGAUACGUGCAUGAACGGUGGAACAUGCAUGGACGGAAUGGGAGGUGUUGUGUGCACGUGCGCUAUGGGAUGGACCGGGCAGAAUUGCGAAGAUGCAAUGCCAGAUGCAUGUUCAAACACCCCGUGCCAAAAUAACGGUAGCUGUAUGCCAGUGAUGGGUAUGAUGAUGUACGAAUGUAUGUGUGCGGCUGGCUUCUCAGGAAGGGAUUGCGAGAUGGAUGCAUGCGGCAACCCGAACCGAUGUCACAAUGGUGGAACGUGCAUGCGAGAGGAUUCAGGGAACAUGUACGAGUGUAUCUGCCCGCCGGGCUUCGAUCCGGGCACCGACUGUUCAGAUAAUGUUUGUAACCCAAACCCCUGCCACAAUGGCGGCACAUGUAUCCCAGAUACCAUCGGAAAUUUCUAUAACUGCUCCUGCUCCGCCGGUUUUAGUGGAGGGGUUUGCCAAAAUUCAGACAGCCCUUGCAUGCCUAACCCCUGCCAAAAUGGCGGACAGUGCACGCCGCAAGGCAACUCGUAUGACUGUAUGUGCCAAAAUGGCGCCACCGGUAAUAACUGUCAAAAUUCAGCCAAUGACCCUUGCAUGUCCAACCCCUGCCAGAAUGGCGGACAGUGCACGCCGCAAGGCAACUCGUAUGACUGUACGUGCCAAAAUGGCGCCACCGGUAAUAACUGUCAAAAUUCAGCCGAUGACCCUUGCAUGCCCAACCCCUGUCAGAAUGGCGGACAGUGCACGAGGCAAGGCAACUCGUAUGACUGUACGUGCCAAAAUGGCGCAACGGGCAACAACUGUCAAAACGCAGCUAAUUCAAGCACCACGACAAUCAUUAUUGUCGUGGUCGUUGUCGUCGUCGUCCUGAUUGUCGUGCUGGUCAUUGUCGUGGUUUGCAUCGUCAAAAGGUCACGGCGCAAGCGCAGAGGUGGCCGGCCGUCUGCUGUCGAAGGAGGACAUGGACAGGAGCUCACGAAAAAGAAAAAGUCGAAUGUUUAUGGGAUUGACAAUCGUCAAGCAUCGACCUCGGAGUCUAAUGUGCCCUCCAAGGAGUUCCCGCGAGACAAACUGCACAUGUUUGGUCAGAUAGGCAGCGGUUCGUUUGCUGUGGUCUACAAGGCCAAGGCAGAGGGAAUCGUCCGUAGGGGAACCAAUACGACGGUGGCUGUCAAGAUGUUGAAAGAAUCUGCUACACCCAACGAUCAGAGUGAUUUCAAGAAAGAAUUGCAACUGUAUUCCAUGCUGGACCAGCACCCCAAUGUCCUGUCUAUGCUCGGAUGCUGCACUGAUAAAGACCCGAUGUACAUAAUCCUGGAGUACGUUCCCCAUGGUAACCUGCAGACCUACCUACGACACAUUCGGACGGGCAUGGAACCCAUCUACUUGAACAAGGCGGGGUUCAAGGAGAAGAAGGACCUGACACCGACUGAGAUCCUGACUUUCGCAUCUCAGGUGGUCAGGGGGAUGGAGUACCUAGCAUCGAAACAGUGUAUCCACAGGGACUUGGCGACCCGUAACAUCCUCCUUGGCGAGGGAUUGAUAUGCAAGGUGUCCGACUUUGGACUGGCUCGAGACGUGGCCGAGAAAAGCCAGUACGAAAUGCAAUCACAGGGCAGGGUACCAGUUCGUUGGAUGGCUCCUGAGUCACUGCUUAGUAAUAUGUACACGAGCAAGAGUGACGUAUGGUCUUUUGGUGUUCUUCUGUGGGAACUUGUUACAUUAGGAUCGCAUCCAUAUCCUGGCAUGUCAUCGCAGAAAGUCAUCAAUGAACUCAAGAAGGGCUACCGACUACCCAAGCCAGAGCAUUGCAGUGACGACAUAUACAAGGUAAUGGUGGACUGCUGGCAGGAGAAACCUGAAGACAGGCCGGAUUUCGCUGGUCUUCACACCACCAUAGACGACAUCCUUGCAGAUGCAGCGGGCUAUCUCGAGAUGGGCAAUCUUAACCAAGAUGAGUACGUGUACUUGGAACCUGGCCAAAGUUCGAGUAGCAACGAGUCCGCGUAAGACAUGAGAUCGCGCACAUUCACAAGUUUCACAGUGGUGUGAGACUUGUACAAUAUCGCUGGUUCAGUGUGAAAUGCCCUAGGGCAAGUUCGAGUGAGAACUGCAGUUAACCAUACUUCGACUGUCUUUCCUAGAUGAAGCCAAGGCCAAUAGUUGCACUUAUAGAGCCGACUUUUGGCAAGCGGACCCCACAGCAGGUUCUCGCGCUAGUUUUGAUCUCCUCGCUAUGUUUUAUAUUGACACCUGUAAAGUUGCAGGACCAAAUAAAUAACAGGGUGUAUUAGGUUUGCUUAAGCUUCUAAAAUACUUUUUGUACAUUUAGUUUCGUAACACUUUUUGUUUAAAAGGAACUCAUUAAAUAGAUUUGCUCAGCGGAGCAUGAUUAAUUACGAUUGAUUGAUUUCCUAAUUUUGUUUUAUUGUUAACUCAUUUAAUUUGCGGUAUUAUCAGGUCUUAAUCAUCAAACUUUUUAUCAACUAUUCCGACAUUGUUUUUAAUUCUGCUUGGUCUCUUUUCAUGUAAAUUGAGUGGCUGCAUUGUACAGUAUGUCACAUGUAAUGAAAUUAUUUGUAAAGUAUGUAUGUUUUGCAUUCGAAUUAUGAUUAUUCUUAAAAUACCGAAGCAUUUUAUAUUCUUGUACAUGUACAAAUUAACAAAUCAUUGUAAGUUUCAGUAACUUGAACAUAUUUUUUUAAUUGUUUUUAAAGUAGUUUGAUGUCCUACAACUUUAUAACCAACAUUCUCAUUUUCUUGUACAUGUAGUAUGUCGAUAAGAUGCACUUAUAUUCUUAAACUUCUCUUUGUAUUAUGAACACUGGACCUCUUUUGACGAUAGAAGGAGGUCUUUUCCUAAAAAAUUUCUUAACAUUCAUAAAGCCGUGCUGGGGAAGCGGUUACGGUUUGUGGCAUGGUCAGAGGUUCAGGGGUUUUAAUCCAAUUGCUGGCCAUACAUUGUGUCCUUGGGCACGCCACUUCACCCCCACUUGCCUCUCUCUCCCCAGGAGUAUACAUUUGUGGGGGCACGUGCCCCCUAGGCUCCCCCUUGGCUACACCACUGGUUACUCAAUCUCUUAAUAGUAAUAAGGUAUUGUUUAUGUUCGAUUUUCGAAGUGAUAUAAUUAUACACGGUACUCCUUCCAGCUUUAGCUGAAAUGCCUGGACACGGUCCCGAUGUUAUUGACGAAAUCGCACCGAAAAGGCUUAAUAUUUAUGUCAUGUGAGAACCAGGCAAUAGAACAUUAUCAUGUUGCAGCCAUUUGAUUUUUUCCCAUUUGGAUCAAUGUAACCAAAGCGAGGCUGGAAGGAAAAAUAGUCUGGUUCCUUUUUGCACAAAAAACACAUUAUCUUUCAGUACUGUUGUUGGAUACAGGGAACAUGCCUGAAAUAGUGGCAGCAUGAUAAUGGUCUUAUAGCAAUUAGUCACAUGAUGUUUUGUGGGGGAAAAUGUGUUCGCUUGUAGCUCCAUAAAAAUAAACUCUUUGAAGAGUUAUUUUAAAUCAAAGAUAUCGCGGUGCCUUUAUUUGUUUUGGAUUCAGGACGAUCCCAAUACAAUACACAGCC